GGCAGCGGGGGAAGAGCAGGCGGAGAGCGGGCGGCGGCCGGGGACGCGAUGCACUCGCUGUUCAGGAAGCGCAACAAAGGGAAGUACAGCCCCUCGGUGCAGAAGAAGAGCAUCUCCAGCAAAGAGCUGACCGAGCUCAUCGAGCGCCUGCAGAAAAAUGCCGACCAAGUGGAGAAGAACAUCGUGGAGACUGACUCCCGAAUGCAGAAUGAUUUGCACAAGAUCAAGGCAUGCCAGCUAGCACAGUACAAGGAGCUGACAGCUCAGAAGCUGACGGAGUCGGACAAGCUGCUCUAUGUACUGGAUGGGGAUGCAGCCAUUGCCAGGCACAUGAAGCACCCCCAAGGGGACAUGAUCACUGAGGACAUCCGGCAGCUGAAGGAACGAGUGGCAAAUCUACGUGUGAAACAUGACCAGAUCUACAACUUCCCCCUGCAGCACAUCGAGCCCCAGGUCAACUGGUGCACGGUGAUCGAGGAGAAACAGGAUGCGUUGUGUGGCAAGGGCUUUGGGACUGAUCUGCCGCUGGUCAACAGCCAAGUAGAAGAGCACAACAUCUUCCACAAUGAGGUCAUGGCCAUCGGCCCACACAUCACCAAGGAAGGCAACAAGGGAUACACGAGUGACCUCCAAGCCAAGUACCAGAAGCUGCUGGCCAGCUCGCAGCAGCGGCAGCAGGACCUGAACUCACUGCAGGACUACAUGCAGCGCUGCACCAACAAGCUCUACUGGCUGGAUCAGCAGGCAAAGGACCGCACGCACUAUGACUGGAGCGACCACAACCUGGACUACCCCAGCCGGCGCCGCCAGUACGAGAACUUCAUCCACCGGAAGCUGGAGGAGAAGGAGGAGGCCAUUAACAAGCUGCAUGCAGAUGGAGACCAGCUGCUGGCCCAGAACCAUCCUGGGAAGAACGCCAUUGAGGCACACAUCGAGGCAGUCCACGCCGACUGGAAGGAGUAUCUCAACUUCCUGAUCUGCGAGGAGAGCCACCUCAAGUUCAUGGAGGACUUCCACAAGUUUCAGAAGGACGCAAAGGAUGCCCAGCAGCUCUUGAAGAAAGUCGAUACAGACCUGGACCAAAAAUACAGCCCAGAGUUCAAGGACAGAUACCAGCUGGAGUCGCUCCUCAGGGAGCUGGAUGACCAAGAGAAGGCCCUGGAGAAGUACGAUGCUGUGGUGCAGUCGCUGCAGGAGCGCAGCCAGCACGUCCUGCCCCUGCGGUACCGCCGGCUGCCACCGCCGCAGCCCAUCCCUGUGGAGGCUCUGUGCGAAUAUGAGGGCGAGCAGGGCCAGAUAACCCGAGGAGCCCAUUACACCCUGCAAAAGAACAGUGGAGACAUCUGGGAAGUGAUGGACGGUGCAGGAGGUGCCAUCAGUGCCCCAGGUGUCUGCUUCAUGAUCCCCCCUCCAGAUGCAGAGGCAAUAGCACUGGCGGACCAGAUUGCUGAUAGCUAUGUAGCUGUAAAGGAGAAGACCUCCAACUGCAAGAACAUCCUCCAGCAGCGCUACGAGGGGCUGAAGGCUGACAGCAUUGGAGAUGCUGCAUCAGUUCAGGGCCGCCAGCUUCUGGCAGGGCUGGAGAAAGUGCACAGUGACCUGGACAAGUUGGAGAAAGCAAUAACAGCAAACCUCCGUCCACCGCUGGAGCAGAGUCGAGCUGUGCAGGACAGCACUGAGCGCUCCAAGGACCUGAAGAACAUAACCAAUGAAGUCCGUCGCAUCGAACCAGAGAAAAUGAGGAAGGUCCAGGACUGCGAGGCCUUCAUUGAGUCCGUGCCCAACACUGGCAGCGCUACGUUGGUGAAGAACAAGGUGGAGAACACCAACAAGAAGUAUGACCGUGUGGUUCAGCUGCUCAGUGCUGCCCAGGAGAAAGUUGAGGUGGCCACGCACCUCGAGAAGAGUCUCCAGCAAGGCCGAGACCUGCUGUCCACAUACGAGAACAAACUGGUGACAGACGACACCGUACCAGAGGACCUGCGGGUGAUAGACCGUAAGAAAGAAGAGCUGCUGGCCAUGGGCUCUGAGCUCCAAUCCAAAAGGUUCUUGCUCAAUGAGGCAGAGCAGAACUUGCUGAGGACAAAGACCUGCUCCAACACCCUGGCCAGCAAGUUCCAGGAGCACUGCCCUGACAUUGAGCGGCAGGAAGCCGAGCUCUACAAGCUCAACCAGCGCUUCAACAACCUCAGCAAGCAAAUUGACCACAGAACACAGACCCUGCAGAAAGCAAAGAGUGCCUAUUCCAACUACCGCACAAACUAUGACAAAAUCAACCAGUUCCUUUGCAACAUACCCAACUACGAGCCGCAGGAGACGGACAACAUCCAGCAAGUGGAAGUGAAGCUGAAGAACCAAGCAGCACUCCUUGGUGACAUCGCAAGCAAAGAACAGGAGGUACAAAAAGUCUCUGCCACAGCUCAGCAGUACCAGCAGGCAGUAAAGGACUACGAGCUGGAAGCUGAGAAGCUGCGGUCCAUCCUCGACCUCGAGAACGGACGCAAUGGGUACAUGAGCAAGAAACCCAGGCUGCAAUCUCCAGCUGCAAAAGUGAAAGAGGAGGAAGCCAUUCUGGCAGCCAAGUUCACCGAAGUGAAUGCUGUGAAUAGGCAGAGGCUGCAGAACCUGGAAUUUGCUCAGAACCUCCUGCGGCAGCAGCCAGAGGUUCAGGUGACGCAAGACUUCAUCCAGACCAAAAAAUCCGUAAGGCCUGUGGAAGAAGUCUGGAAGUUGAAGAAAGAGCUUGAGGAUGAGACUCAGCGUCGGCAACAGCUAGAAGCUGAGAUCCAAGCCAUCCAGAACAACAUUAUCCACCUGCAAAACCAGAAGCCCCAAGAAACCAUAGUUAAGAAGGAAUUGGUGAAGAAAGUGCCGGACCCGCAGCUGGAGGAGAGCUUCCACAAACUGCAGCAAAGCCUGGCAGAAGAGCAACGCAAGAACCAGGUGCUGCAGGAUGAGCUGGAGGCCCUUAAAACCAGGCUGCGUGUUUUGGAGCAUGAGAAGAAGGAAGGAGGGCAGGAGUAUAUAGUGAAAGAGGUGCUGCGUAUCGAGCAAGACAAGGCUCAAGCUGAAGAAAUCUUGAGGCUCAAAGAAGAACUGGAAGAGCUCAGGAGGCAGGAAGGAACAAGGGAAAACGAGGUCAAUCUUUUACGCCAACAAAUCGCUGUGCUGUCCAGCGAGAAGAACAAAGAGCAGGAGAAGGUAACAGAGAAGGAGGUGCUGAAGCUGCAGAACGAUCCCCAGCUGGAGAUGGAAUUCCGGAUGUUGCAAGAGAACAAGCAGAGGGAGAGUGCCCUGAGGCAGAAACACGAGGAAGAGCUCAGCUUCCUCCAGGAGAAACUCAAACGUCUUGAGAAGGAACGGGCCAUUGCUGAGGGCAAGAUUACUGUCAAGGAGGUACUGAAGGUGGAGAAAGACGUGGCCAUCGAGAGGGAGGUGAAUGAGCUCCGGCGCCAGUACGAGGAUGAGAAAUCCAAGGGGCGUUCCAACGAGAGGGAGAAGGCCGAGCUGCUCAGGAAGAUCCAGCUGCUGGAGGAAGAGAACGCCAAGGUGGUCGUCCAGGAGAAGGUGAGGGAGAUCGUGCGGCCGGAUCCUAAGGCUGAAAAUGAAGUUGCCAACCUUCGGUUGGAGCUGGUAGAGCAGGAGAGGAGAUACCGGGGUGGUGACGAACAGCUGAAGAGCUGUCAGAAUGAACUGGCUGCUCUGAGGAAUAGAGAACCGCUGGUAGAAGUCAAAGAAGUAAUUAAGGAGGUCAUUAAGUACAAGAAUGAUCCAGAAACUGAAAAGGAGCUACAGCGGCUCCGUGAGGAAAUCAUAGAGAGGACGGGAGCCAUUGAAAGAGCUGACCUUGAGAUCUACCAGCUGAAACAAGAGAUACAAGCUUUGAAAGACACCAAACCUCAAGUGCACACAAAAGAAGUUGUUCAAGAAAUUCUACAGUUCCGGGAAGACCCUAAGACAAGAGAGGAGGUGGAAUCUCUGAGAGUGCAGCUGGCAGAGGAACAAAUGAAGCACGUUGACCUGGAGAGAGAACGGCUCCUCCAAGAAGACAAAGUAAGACAGAAAGAGGAGGAACUUUCCCAGGUGAAGGAGAAAGUGGUCCAACAGGAAGUAGUGAAGUACGAGCAAGAUCCUGCCUUGAAAGCUGAAGUGAACUCCUUCUCUCAGAGCAUCGAGAGUGAGCUGAAACAAAUCGAUUCCCUCCGUGAAGAACUGCGCAAGCUGCAGAGGAGGCGGUCUGAGCUGGAGCGACAGCUGGAAGAACUGGAGAAGGAGAGACAGGCCCGCAGAGAGGCGGAACUGGAAGUGCAGAGGCUGAGGAUUAGGCUGAACGAGCUAGAAGAGCAAGAGAGGGAAACGACGGAACGAGUAACAGUGAAACAGAAAGUGAUCCUUCAGCAAGAUCCCCAGCAAGAGAAGGAACACUCCCUCCUCAGGCUGGAGCUAGAAGAAGAAAAACACCGGAGACAAGUCUUGCAAACUGAACUGGAAGCCUUGAGAAAGAAGCUUCUUUCGUUGGAGAAAAUGGAGGUCAAAGAGAAAGUUGUCUUUUCAGAAAGUGUCCAAGUGGACAAAGGAGACACGGAGUAUGAGAUUCAGAAGCUGAAGAGCAACCUGGAGGAGGAGAGCAGGCGUAAGAGGGAGCUAGAUGCAGAUAUCAAUAGGCUUGAAACCAGGCUGUCCGAGGUGGAAUUCAACAACUCUAAGUCAUCGAAGGAACUAGACUUACUAAGAGAGGAAAACCACAAAUUGCACCUUGAAAAGCAAAACCUGCUGAUGGAAACAAGGAGGCUGCAGUCAGAGAUUGAACUCACAGCAACAGAAGCUCGGGAUUUGAGAAACAUGACCCACGUGGACAGUGGACCAAACCUAGACUCCAGAUUCCAAGCUCUGGAAAGAGAGUUAGAUGAUCUGAAGCAGUUAUCAAGAGAAAAAGAUGCAGAGAUCGAGCAGCUCCAGAACCGCCUCAAGACGGUGGCAAUCAAGAGGGAGCAAAGAGAGAACCACCUGAGGCGCUCCAUUGUGGUCAUCGAUCCGGACACGGGCAAGGAGAUGUCUCCAGAGGAAGCUCACGUGCUCGGCCUCAUCGAAUGGAGCCUCUUCGUCAAGCUGAAGAGUCAGGAAUGCGACUGGGAAGAGAUCUCGAUCAAGGGGCCGAACGGGGAAUCAUCCGUGAUCCUCGACAGGAAGUCAGGCAGAGAGUUCUCAAUCGAAGAUGCCCUGAAGAGCGGCAGACUGAGCACGGCCCAGUACAACAGUUACCUCAACAAGCAGAUGUCAAUUCAGGAGCUGGCGGUCCUGGUGUCUGGAAGCGAUUACCCAGUGCUCGCUCCACUUUAGAACCUUCCCUUCAAGGCAGCGAGUCAGAGCUGCACCACCCGUUAAGACUACCAGAUCACUGCAAAUCCUCGCCCUCCUUUGCGUCUUCCGAAAUGCUACAGCCUCUGCCCGGCCGCGCUAUGAAGCCGCACUGCUUGCUGUCAUACGCUGCGGAAAAGCACCGCCAGUAGUGGAAAACACGUUUGUCAAGGCUACAACUAAACCUUCUCUCCCUCUCUGCAGCCCUACCCAGCCACUCGACAAACAAGAUGACAAGCUGAAAACAAGUGAAGUACCUGAAGUCCGAAAGACUCAGCCAAACCUGCAGUUUCUUCAACACACAGCCACAAAGGCAGGAAAAAAAAAAAAAAAAAAAGCACAGAUGUUAGAGAGGCUGAAGGUCAAAAUGAUUCUGGGGUGACCAGCGAGAGCUGGGUGCGUCAGCUCCACGUUGGUAAGGCACGCAGUUUGACUGUGGACAACCAAAUGAUGGGGUUAUCCUCGGAAAUAAAUGGCUCUGUAAGCAAAAGGCGUGAUGCACACCUCGCUUUGGUAUCAUCACAUCAACACCGAGACCUUUUUGCUCACCGGCGUGCUGAUGCUGCUGGGCAAGAGCGAAAUGAAGCACAGCAAUUUGAUGGUGUCAGCCCUGGAUUCAGGAGGAGCAUUCCUAUAGCAGAGUUCACCAAGAAGCAGGUGAAGAGCCGGCAGCAGUGCCGAACACAAGAUGCUGGUGCAAAGCAUGCAACCGUAACCAAACGCAGAGUGCCUUCAAAACACACUUAGCUCACCUCGUGGCUGAGAGCCAUUCGUGCUGGUAUCUUAUGGAAUAGAGUUACAGCAGCUACACGUCUCACUUACUUGUGUACGGGAACGGGAAGUAGAGGGGAAUUCUAUUUAUAGUAUGAAAUAAAAACAUGCAGUGGUUCCAA